AUUGCUCCAUCUAUAAUAAUAUAGAUGCGUCACCUUCCGCCGUACGUCGCCCUGGGCAACGCGUGUUUACGUUAUCACCAAAAACCUUGAAUUAAGAUAAUUUUUGACGUAUCUUCGACGUCAUCAAAAUGGCAGCUGCAGUUUGUACUUCAUCACCAGAGGAAAUCGAGAGUUUUGUUACAUGUAGCAUUUGCCUGUGUGAAUUUGAUGAAGAAAUCAGGAAACCGAAAUUCCUACCAUGCGCCCACACACUUUGCCUCAAAUGUUUAACGGGAAUACACAAAAAGUUUGUCAUUAGUUGCCCACUCUGUCGUAAAGAGUUUUCGUACCAGGAUGACGUCUCCAGCCUUCCAAACAAUUCUUACGCUCUGCACAUGCUCAAACUGACAGCAAAUAAAGGCUCAGAUGAAAUUACAGUCAAACCUAAUUCUCAAGAGAAACCAGCAGCAUGGUGCCUUACCUGCCGAACAGUGGCUGAUAAGCCCAAAUGCUCAACUCACUCUACCGUGGAAGUUUCAGCCAACACAAUCAAGAAUUUCGAAUCUUUCAUAAAACUGAAAGAAGAUCUCAAGAACUUGAUGGCUGAAGGUGAAACCAAAUUGUCUUUGGCUAUCGAAAAGAGGAAAGAAGUUCAAGCUCAUUUACACCAAGUAUCUCAAUGCCUGAAACUGGUCUUGCACGAAGUCAACCAGCAAGAAGAGCAAAACAACACCCUACUCUGCGAGAUGCUUUCCCAGUUGGAGCUGUCCAACAAAGUCUCUGAUGAAAAGACCAUCUCCCCCGCCAGCACUGAAGUAAAAGAAGAAGAUCCUCAUUUGUCCCAAUUGGUAUCCCUUAUUAACGAAUCCAAACCAGAGAAGAGAAAGAGUCUGGAAGUCCUCAAGGAGAAAAUGGAAAAAUCACUCCAAUUAUGCGAGAGUAAAUUAGCCAAUGCUGUCGCUUUGGCCAAAGCUUUUCAAUUCCAGAAGAAGUGUAAAAUUUCUGUCCGUCUUGCUGACUCGAAGAAGCAGCCCAUUCCUACCUGGGGAUUGCUGGAAAGCGGAUUUGACACGUACUGGCCCUACGACAACAGCCUGACGCCGACCAAACGCGAUUUCCUGCUUCUCUCUCACAUCGUCUUUUCCAUUCAGAAGAGGGGCAUGAAGAUCAGAUCUAAGAAAUGAAGAACAACCGUAAUAUCCUGAUUCAGUUGAAAGUUCUAUUGGCUUUAUCAUCUACGUGUGCAGCCA